CUCACAGACACACUUACACCUCAAACACUCACAGACAGACACACAGAGAGACUGAAACAUGUCUCCACCGUCUUUAUUCGUCUUCUUACUGAUUUCUCGUCUCUUUGGUUUCAAUGAGGCGAUGUCCGCGCAUGCACCGAGGAUGAGAUUCUCAAACACAGACCCCUCCAUGGAGUGGAAACUUUUACCUGGAGAACAAACAUCUGUACAGAUUCUUCCAGGAGGAGAACCAGACACCGUCACAGCUGUCGGACCAAAGCACCUGAUUUCAAUCAACUUUAAAAAGCCUCUACAGGCUCCUGUGCAAAGAACCUUGUUGUGGAAAGAUUGCAUCGUCGGUGGAACGUCGACCACAGAUUGUGACUUUAACAUCACGGCGGUGCAAAAGAGGGAAGAGGGCGACCAGGCGUAUGUGUGUGGGACCAACGGCAGGGAGACUUUGUGCUGUGACGUGAUUCUAUCAGAUCCAUCUCCCAAGUGCGAUGCCUCUGAAAAAAUGAGGAGCAUACAAGGAAUUAUCAGAAAAUUUAUCAUGAAGGAAGGUGAACCGUCAGUUUUUGUGGAAUCAGAAACAAACGCCGACCUUUACACAACCUACUCUGGAUCUCAGGAGAAUGUUGGCAUCCACAAGUUUGGGACAAACCGCGUUGGACCAGCGAACCAUAAUAAAGAGCAGCACUAUGUGGGUCUGGUGAUCAGCAGACAGGCAGAAGACCCUUCACAGGAUAAAGUUUUUGCCUUUUACAAGGAGAAAAACAGAGACUCAGACCUGUACAGCGGGAUGUGGCUCCCCUUCGUCUCACAGGUUUGCAUGUCAGACAGGGGCGGUCCCAAGAAACACAUGCAGUAUAUCUGGACGUCACAGAUGAACGCCAGGCUCUACUGCGGAGAUCCAGACAGCAAGCAGCACUUCUCCGAGCUGGUCCAUGUGGCUGCUGUGCACGCAGAGCGCUGGCAGGACUCCAGGGUUUAUGCACUCUUCCAGAACGAAUGGGGGAUGAGCGCUGUGUGUGUCUACAGGGUGAAGGACUUUCACAACAUCUUUACCAACUCUCCAUUUAAAGGCGGCAGCGCGGGCAGCCAAGUCAACAGGCCCAGAGAGUGCGCCCCCGACAGCACCGCGAUCAGUUUAGACGUCCUGAAGACGAUCGAGGAGAACUCGGAGAUGGAGGAAUGGGUGAAACCUGCCGACAGCUCGCGCCCACUCAUCUUCGAUCGCCACAGGUACACUCACAUCUCCGUGGACAAGAGGAACCAACGCCACCCAGUCCUGUUUCUGUCUCUGCAUAAUGGAGCCAUUCAUAAAGUGACGCAGAGUCAGAAUCAGACGUUUGUCAUUGCAGAGUAUGAGACAUUUAAACACGGCACCAGCAUCCUCAACAUGAUCCUAAACCAGAACUCUAUGAAGCUGUAUGCAGCCUCCAGAAGUGAACUGGUCCAGGUGGACGUGACAAACUGUGCCCAGUAUGGAGACCGCUGUGAGGACUGCGUGUUAGCUAGAGACCCAAACUGCGGCUGGGCACUGAACCGCUGCGUCCCCGUGACACUGGACUCGCUGCAGGAUGUGGCCCAAGGGAAGCAUGCCAUCUGUCCGACUUAUUCGAAGCUUCAAGAUCCUGUACUGGGCGAGUCAGAUGCAGUCCAGGAUGUUCCCUACAAGUCCAAGUACUUCCUGCAGUGCCCGGUGUCGUCACUCCAUGCAGAGUACACCUGGCUCCACCCUAAGGGCUCCAAGUCCUGCAGCUUCAAGGAGCAGCAGUGUCUUCUUCUGAUCCACAGCAUGAGUCCAGAGCAGGAGGGAACUUACACAUGUGAGUCAGAGGAGAAGGGAUACAAGAAGGUGGUGGUCGAGUAUCAGCUAAAACUGCAGAACAGGGCCGCAGGCCACUCUCCAAGACUACUGCUGUGUGUUUGUCUGAUGGCUGUCCUGUUAGUCCUGAAUAAAUAGUAUAGAUACAAUGAAGAUAAUAUUAAAUAUAAACAUUAGGCUGUUCUGCCGCCCAGUCGGACAGAGGGUCGUGUCCCACAGUGCCGUCCGUAUCGCCCUAUAGGAGCUAAGGCUCAAACAGGAGGAUUAAACAACAGAUUCUUUAUUUUUAUAUAUUUCAUUUCUUUUCUUUUUUAAAGAUUUAUUUUAGGGCUUUUUGUGUCUUUAUUGGAAAGAUAGGACAGUUGAUAGGUAGAUACAGGAAAGGAACCACAGGUCGGAUUUGAACCUGCCCGCUUGGAGGAUUAAGACCUCCAUACAUGUUGCACGCGCACUAACCACUUUGCCACCAGCAACCACCUAUUUAUUUCAUUUCUCACCACAAGUACAAAUAGUGAUUUAUUUUUGCAUUUUUCUAAUUUUAUGUUUUUUGAAAUCUUGAUAUUUUUGUGUCAUAGUUUAAUAAUGAGGACAGAUGUCUUGCUAACAAGUUGCUUCACUGAUCUAGAAAAUCAAUAUAUUUUUAAUAUUUACAUUCCGUUAUAAUCCAGCACCUUUAAAUAGAAAUGACUGAAUAUUAUAGAUAUGAUGAAAUGGCCUUUGAACCUCAAAUGUUCCUGUUUGAAUAUUUCUGCAUCCUCCUCCAACAAACUGCUGAAUUUACGUUUAACGAUCUAUAUUUUGAUGGCGAUCUGAAUUAUUAUGCUAUUUUUAUGCUGACUUAAUGCACAGCUCGUCCCUGAUUCAGGCUGCAUCACGUCCAGUCACCGAGCGACAACAUGUAAGACUUGUUCUUUAUCCUAUCGAGACUGUCUCUCCAAUCCGUUACAUGUUCCAUAUGUACGUUAAAAGUGUCUGUCCAAACCUGAAGCAGGGAGGUGGUGGUACAACGUGUUAACACAAGAUAACACAAUCUCGAUUAGAGAAAAGAGGCUAGUCAGCUAACGGCUGGCAGCCGCUCUAGCCAGCAGGCACUUCCUCGUCCUCAGUCGCAGGGAAUGCGACCUCCCUCGAGAUUUGGCGAGAUGGCAAGUCACUGCCUUACGUGUGGGGGUUAUGGUAUGCAGAUGCCCAUUGAGGAUCGACAUGAGAACCACGCCACUUUGGCUAGAGAAAACCCUUCCUCAUUCAUUGAUUGCUUUCAUUUUGCCACAACGGGCUUUAGAGACCCGCUGCAGUGUAUUUGGAAGGGAUAAGCAGGAGGUUGCUCCUCCCACCGUCCCCUGCUCUUCUCGCUAUGGGAAAGACAGCCCUCCCCUGGGAGUGGACGCCAAGGGCCCUACUUUAUACUUUUCCCACUUCAUGCUCCUUCAACCCCUCAUGCAGAGAUGCAAAUGGAGGAGAUGAGCCUUGUCCUGGUGGCCCCUUAUUGGCCUCACAUGACAUGGUCUGCUGACAUCUCGUCACUGCUGGACCGGACUCUGUGGGAACUUCCAGUGUGGCAGGAUUUGAUGUCGCAGGUACAGGUAACUCUGUUCCAUCCCUUUCCCAAGGGACUGAGGAUCUGGGCAUGUCUCCUGAGAGGACCGAGCUCUUAGCCAUGGGCCAUGCCGUAAUGGUCCAAACACUGCAUGGCUAGUGCCCCAUCAACGAGGACCCACUAUGAACGAAGAUGGAGGGCCUAUGUGACAUGGUGCAGAGAACUUUAAGUAAAUCCUCUCACAUGGUCUGCCCCGGAGAUUCUGCAGUUUUUGCAGGAGCUCCUGGUUGCGGGGAAGUUGCCCUUUACCCUCAGGGGUAUGGUGGUGGCUAUCAAGGCAGCCCAUAUAGGAUGAUGCCAAUUGCCUGAGGAAGUUGGCAACCUUGUGUCCCAAUUCCUCAAGGGGGCCAGAAGUCGAACUGGCCGUCAUUGUAGACCUUCUCUCCCGCCUUGGGAUUUGGAGCUGGUGCCACAGGCUCUGGAACGGACCCUUUUUUCUAGCACCUAGACUCAGAAGACUUAAAGUGGCUUUCCCUUAAGGCUUCCAUCCUGCUGGCACUGGUCACUGCCCAACUUGUUGGGGAUCUUCAGGCUCUCUCUGGCAGGAACCUGCAGAGGUCCUCGUGAUGGUGGUCUGCAGCUGAAUCUGGCAUUUCUCCCCAAGGUACUUUCAGACUCUCUGACAAGUCAUUGGGUUCAGGUCUCUCUACUCCAUGCAGAGAGAAUAAGGAGCACAGACGCUUACCGGUAUGGCCGGUACACUAUGUAUGUACCGGAUAUGUAUAUGAGUAUGUGCACCGGACAGGAACUCACAGGAGAACAGAUCAUUGGUCCGUUUCAAGCCGGAGCUUUUUGGUCAACCAUUGUCAAAAGCCUGUCUUUCCCAUUGGAUUGUAGAUGCUAUCCAGCAGGCAUACAGUAUGUGGGCACUGGGGUUACUUGUGGCUCGGGAGCGCGGGUGCUACCCUGAGGCAUGGUGGCAUCCGGGGGGUUGUUACAUGAUGCAUCUCCGAGUGAGAUCUGCAUCGCUCCUUCUUGGUCUGUCACUUCUACAUUGCUCUGUUCUACCAGAUUAUUUGUAGCUGCAUGCACGUCCGUCAGCGGACUGGUGCUCGGUGUAGCCAAACCGUAGUGACUUUUUUUUCCUUAUUUGUCUGUCAGCCUGGUGUGGCUGGGCUAAGUGACUUCCCCUAGAGUCGGGCGCCUUGGCUUCAGGCAGGAGUAACUUGCAGCCAGAGGUACUUGCUGGCCUGGGGAUGUGUUUAUAUAGUACAUAGUUUCAUUGACAUCCACGGUGGUGAUUCUUUUUUAAUGCAUGCUUUUGUGUGAUUUUUUUCAAAUCUUAUGAAGUGUAUUUGUCUUCUCUGACAAAAAUAUCUCAUUACACUGAAUUAAAGACGACUUCACCUGACAUGUCCAGAAAAACAUCUCACUUUAAGUUAUUACAAACGAGACUUUCUUACGUUUCUUCACGAGAUCAAAAUCUUGUGUCAGGAAGAGACAUUUUUUUGUUUGCUGCACUUUUUACUCCUAACAAACAAGUUGAGGCUUUUUGUUUUCUUUUUAUGAAAUGAACUAAAAUGUGUCUCAUGACUUUGGCUAAAUUUGGCUUUUAUUUGGUAUAAUGAGAUAUUUCUGACUAAAAAUAAGACAGAUCCACUUGAUGAAAUUGUCCAGUGACUCAUGAAUCGAGCAGUUUUUAGAGAACCUGUCACAUGUGAUGUUCGACCAGUGAUUGUGUUUAAUUCCUGUGCUUUUCACAGAUCUGUAAAUAUUUUAUUUUGACAUGCGUUUUAUGCACACAGAGGUGAACGGGCGUCCCUCGCUGUAAUUUCCAAUCUUGCAAACUACCUCAGAAUUGCGCCAUGUGCUUUGAGUUGGGACAGACCGUUUCUGAGUAUGGAGGCUGUUGUCAGUCAAAGUGAAAGGCAACAUGUUGAGAAACGCUGCAGCGGACAUGCUGAAAAUGCAAAGCUGAGCCAUAUCUAUUUAAAGUCCUUGAAGUGUGACUCUGAGUAGCCAGAUUAAACGGCAGUCUGAACAGAGCUAAUGAAACUCCCCUUCACAUCGCCCCGCAGAUUAACGAUUCCCAAACCAGCUAUGACACAGGAGACUCUGUUACUCUUUAUACAUUUUAUAUUCAUUGAUUGGAUGGGCUUCAUGAAUACAUUACAUGAUGUUAGGGUCUUUGUAAUCCAAACCAAAGACUCGUUAGGCCUUCAGUUAGAUUGACGACUUUUGGAGGACCUGCACACUCACUAGCCCUUACUCGCUGUCGUCUGCUGGAUGGCAGCUCUGGUUUUGUUAGAUUCAGAUGCAGAUGUGUCGCAGAUGUUGCUAUGUAUGUUUUGUUUGUUGGUAUUUAAAGUUGUGUCUGUAACAGCUGACUUCUCGCAGCUGUUACCCUGUUCAUGUAGUAACCACUGAGCUGUGAAGAUGUUUAUUAAUGCACUGAUAUGUUUUACUUAUUCUACUGCUCUGUAACAUUUCUGAUCCCAGCUUUGUGAUGACCAAAUCUAUUUCUGUAUGAAUUUGUUUGUGACUUCUGUUCCUCUUGUAUAUACAGUAAAUGCAAAUCUGUUUCCUC